CAUCGCCGGAGACUCCCCAUCGCCCUGCCGUAGUCAUGUUGAAGUCGGAGUUUCCCAAGGAGCCAGAACAGCUGCGGAAGCUCUUCAUUGGAGGACUGAGCUUCGAAACAACCGACGAGAGCCUGAGGAGCCAUUUUGAGCAAUGGGGGACACUCACCGAUUACGUGGUAAUGAGAGAUCCAAACACCAAGAGAUCCAGGGGCUUCGGGUUUGUCACCUACGCCACGGUGGAGGAAGUGGAUGCCACCAUGAAUGCAAGACCACACAAGGUGAAUGGAAGAGUUGUGGAACCCAAGAGAGCUGUGUCAAGAGAAGAUUCUCAGAGACCAGGUGCCCACUUAACUGUGAAGAAGAUCUUUGUUGGUGGUAUUAAAGAAGACGUUGAAGAACAUCUCCUACAAGACUACUUUGAGCAGUAUGGGAAAAUUGAAGUGAUCGAAAUCAUGACUGACAGAGGCAGUGGCAAAAAGAGGGGCUUUGCUUUUGUCACCUUUGAUGACCAUGACUCUGUGGAUAAGAUUGUUAUUCAAAAAUAUCAUACUGUGAAUGGCCACAACUGUGAAGUAAGAAAAGCCCUAUCAAAGCAAGAGAUGGCUAGUGCCUCGUCCAGCCAGAGAGGUCGGAGUGGCUCUGGAAACUUUGGUGGUUGUCGAGGAGGUGGUUUUGGUGGCAAUGACAAUUUUGGCCGAGGAGGAAACUUCAGUGGUCGUGGUGGCUUUGGUGGCAGCCGUGGUAGUGGUGGCUAUGGUGGCAGCAGGGAUGGCUAUAGUGGAUUUGGCAAUUUUGGAGGUGGUGGAAGGUACAAUGACUUUGGCAAUUACAACAAUCAGUCUUCAAAUUUUGGACCAAUGAAGGGAGGAAACUUUGGAGGCAGGAGCUCUGGUCCUUAUGGUGGUGGAGGCCAGUACUUUGCUAAACCACGGAACCAAGGUGGCUAUGGAGGUUCCAGCAGCAGCAGCAGCUAUGGCAGCGGCAGGAGGUUCUAAAUUACAUACAUGGCAUCCAGGAAACAAAGCUUAGCAGGAGAGAGGAGAGCCAGAGAAGUGACAGGGAAGCUACAGGUUACAACAGAUUUGUGAACUCAGCCAAGCACAGUGGUGGCAGGGCCUAGCUGCUACAAAGAAGACAUGUUUUAGACAAUACUCAUGUGUAUGGGCAAAAAGAACUCCAGGACUGUAUUUGUGACUAACUGUAUAACAGGUUAUUUUAGUUUCUGUUCUGUGGAAAGUGUAAAGCAUUCCAACAAAGGGAUUUACUGUAGAC